CAAUUCCGUUUUGAUGUUUUCUGAAUGUAUGCUGUAUAGUUUGAAUCCACGCACCAUAUAGUUUUAAUGGAUGUGCACUGAAAUGUUUCUCCCGGUGUCCAUAUUUUGCAUGGAUAUUUUGAUAUUUUGUACUGAAGGCGCAGGAAGUCGAUAACCGGAUGUCGGAGAGAAACUUUACGGGCGCGCGAAGGUAUAGCGUUAUUUUGAUCCGUGUUUGCCUGCAAAUGUUCCCCGCUACAAAGCUGCAAUGAAGUUUGUGCUGCCAGGGACAAAUGUGAAAGUGCUAGGAAAGGCGGUUCAAGCUCUAGGGAGGAUCGGAGAUGAAAUGUACAUUGUUGCAGACGACAACGUCCUUUCGCUUCAGGGAUUCAGCAUGUCAGCAAGCUCCUACGCUCGAUUUAACUUUACCAGAAACUUUUUCACAGUUUUUGAUAUGACAGUCGACGGUUACAGAGGGAAAAUUUCCAUGAAAUCUGCUUUGCUGCCCUUUCGUUCUGUAAAUAUGUUCGAGAAGACAGUCGAUGAAUGCACGUUAGAGCUGGACAACAGCUGUGACGACAUUCUCAUUACGUUGAAGUUCAGAAAAGGUAUCACAAAAACAUACUGCCUUCCAUUAAUAGAAAAUGAGAACCUUUUAUUCUCAUUCGACAUCGCCGACUGCACUAAUAAGAUAGCAGGACCGUCAUCCCUCCUUACCGAUUUGCUACAAGACUUUUCGCAAGCCGUGCGUGAAGUGACACUGCGUGCUUCUGGGGACAAAUUAGACAUUUUCACCCAUGCUGGGGAUAGGACAGACCCAACAAAGACUGUGUACACAUUGGUCACAAUAUUGAGAGACAAAUUCAGUGACUACAGCUUCAAUUCAUGUGCAGAAGCAGCUGAGAUUACAUUUUGUUUGAAAGAAUUCAGAGCAAUGCAAGCAUUUUCAGAAGGUAACGCCGUGCAGUUGAAUAUUAAUUUUGACAAACCUGGCAAGCCCUUAAUAUGCACAUACGAUGGUAUGCCAGGCAUGGAAGUGAUGUUCGUCACUGCGACCUUGUCAGAGUCUUCACAGCCAGUCGCCCAUGAGGUACCAACAAAGAACAGGAAUGGUGCAUCUGUUGCCAAGAAAUCUAGUGUUCACAACCUGAACAAUCAAAUAAGGGCAUCAACAAGUGCCAAAAGCAGAGAGACUCCUUUUGUAGAAAACGAAGAGAAUCAUUUGUUGGAUGAUGCUCCUUUUGUGCAACCAGUAGCAAAGAAGAUCAAGAAGUCGAUGUUUAUUGGGGUUGGUCCCGCAUUGUCAGAAACAUUCACAUCCCAGUUGCCUGGAAAUGAUGAAGUUCUAGCAGAAGCCUCUGAUGAAGAUUGAUGACAGGUUGAAGCGACAUGCGCAAUAAAUGCAAUUCAUGUGAUGUGUUCAAAUUACAGUGGACAUAAAAUGUCCGCAAUACGUUGUUGCUAGACCGUGGGUCAUGCUUGGACAUGUUUAUUUGAAACAGCGUUUGCAUUUGGACUUCUCUAGUUGCCUUUGAACUGCUUGUGCUCCAUACCGGUCUAUGUGCGAUGGAGUAGUUAAAAUGAGUUCAUAUUUUACUUCUACGAAAUCUCACUGCAUACAUUAUUUGUGGACUACUUUAGAGUAGCCAGAAUAAACAAGGCUGUCUCGUG